UGGAGCUCUCCAAUCAAAGCCUCUGGAGCUCUGGGCAUGCCUGGAGACGUUAGGCCCUGAGACAAGAGGCCGAGUGGCCCACUUGGCACCAUGAGCAUUUGGUUGCGUAUUUUUUGUCUUCUAUUCUUCAGCUGCCAGAGGUCUAAGAGCCUGAGCUAUGCACCAAUUUACAAAGAUCAAGAAUUUAUCUUUGAGUGUGUCGAUGUGCACAAUUUGCUGCGGACACAGCUUCACCCGCCAGCAGCCAAUUUGCAGUACAUAACUUGGGAUGAGGGUUUGGCAAAGACUGCCAAAGCCUGGGCAAAGAGAUGUCAUCCUGGACAUAAUACUCAUUUAGAAAAUAUAAGACAAUCUCAUCCUAUCUUUAAUGGUCUUGGUGAAAAUAUAUGGACUGGGCCUAUUUAUUUGUAUUCUCCCAGACUUGCUGUCAAAAGUUGGUUCAGUGAAGAGCAAUUCUACGAUUUUCAAACAAAUACAUGUUCACGUGUAUGUUCUAGUUAUAUUCAGGUUGUUUGGGACACUACCUACAAAAUUGGCUGUGCUGCUGCUACCUGUCCUCGUGUUGGAAAUUUGACAGAUGUGAUCCAUUUCAUAUGUAAUUAUGUACUAAGUGGGAACACUAAUAGAAGGCCUUAUAAAGAAGGAAAAUUUUGUACUCAAUGUAGCAAAGGGGAUAAAUGCCUGGAUAUGCUAUGCAGUAACAGUGAACGUGAGAAAUUGAAACACUAUCCUUUUUGGUACCCAGAAUGGGAAGUACCUCGACCAGUUGUGUGUGAUCUCCGAUGCCUAUCUUGUUUAACAUUUAGAAUCAUUUUAUUUAUGUUGGCUGUUCUAAUAGUUUUCCUAUUACAGCAUAAGUUUCCAAAUAUACAGUUAGAAAAAGAUAUAUUGUUAAUUACAACUGAGAAAGAAACAGUAUCAAAAGAAUAUUACCCAGGAUCAAAUCAGACUCCCCAACAGGAAGAAAACCGAGUCUAAAGGAUUGUGGAAAGGUCAGAAAAUCACUGAACCUGAAUAUAAGUGAGAAGAAAACAUAAUUAGUCACUAGUGGCUAUACUUUUCAUCUUUUUUGAUGAGCUCUUUCAUACUUAAUAUAUUUAAGAAAUUAGAUCAUUAAAAGGAAUUGGUCAAUCAAAUCAGCAAAACCUUUGGUUAUAUUUCUGAUCCAUCUCAUUAAAAGUAUAAACAUUUCUCUGUUAUUACAUUUAACAAACAUAUUUCAAUUUUUAAUUGAUUUCUGAAUUUAAUUUCAUUAAAAAAUUUAAAUGAA